AUAUAAUUUUCUCUUUAAUAAAACAAAAAAUCAAUGUUAAAUUUUGAUCGAAGUGCAAAAUUUAUUAUCAACUUGCGUGCUUUAUAUUAAAUGCAUUUCCUGACCUCUCUGCGAAUGUAAUUUCCAAGGCACAAUGACUGAGCUUUAAUUAUGUGCUCAAUUAUGUCUCGUAUCUAAAAAAAAAAAAAGAAAAAAGGAAUUUUUAUUUAAACGAAACUAAAAGUUUUCGAUAUGUACAUAUCGUCGCGUAAAUUACUACUUAAGUCAAAGUUGCGCUUCGAACGGAAAUAUUUUAUGUACGAGAAUUUUUCGUCGAAAUAAAUUUAAAUUGAAAUUUGUUCUUUUAUAAAUAUUCUUUUGUGUACAACAGGAGCGUGAGAACCAAUCGAAUUUGAUAUAUCACAAGAAAAUUUAUUCCGUUAGAUUCGUUAGAUUUAAUCCAAUAAUCACACAAAGUUGGACGUCUUGUUGCGAGAAGAGCGCGAAGAUGGCGCGCGCGCAAUAUGCGCGCGAAACAGUGAUCGCGUGCAUGGUAGUGUGAUGAUUGAAUGCGUUUGGUAAGAGUAUAAAAAAAGUUGAUAAAUUUUAAACAAUACUGUGUCACUUCUUGUUGUGUCACGUUUUGCAUUGCUGGUGUCGUAUUGCAUCGUGUUAAAAACAUGGCGGUGCAACCCAAUCAACAAUUUAGCAUGGAUCCCCCUACGCAACAAAGUUUUGUCAGAUUUUUAAAAAAUCUUCCAGAGAAACCUGAGACAACGAUACGAAUCUUCAAUAGAUCUGAUUAUUACACAGUGCACGGAAGCGAUGCCUUGUUUGCCGCACAAGAAAUAUUCAAAACAACGUCCGUUUGUAAAAUUAUCGGAGCUGAACCGCACAAAACGGAAGGUGUUAUUCUUAAUAAGAGCCAUUUUGAAACAUUUGUGCGCGAUUUGUUGUUAGUUAAACAAUACAGAGUUGAAGUUUACGUCAAUCAGGGUUCCUCGAAGAAUCAGAACUGGGUUUUAGAGUUCAAAGGUUCGCCCGGCAACUUGGCGCAUUUCGAAGACGUUUUGUUUGGCAAUACUGACAUAGCUGUAGGUGUGUCCGUAAUAGCUGUGAGACUAGGUACCGAGGGAAAAUCCCGGGUCGUCGGUUUGAGUUGCGUGGACGUUGUGUCUACUUUAAUUUCAGUGGCCGAAUUUCAAGACAACGAGUCGUUUUCAAAUCUGGAGUCGCUGGUUGUAACUCUCGCUCCGAAAGAAUGUCUGUUAAUUCAAGGAGAGGGAAGUUACGAAUUUCAAACUCUUAAACAAAUAAUAGAAAGAAGCAAUGUAUUGGUGACUUUAAGAAAAAAAAGUGAAUUUUCCAGUGAUUCAAUUAUAGACGAUCUGAAUACGUUGAUAAAAUUUAAAAAAGGACAGAAACAGAAUGUGCAAUCGCUACCAGAGGUCAAUUUAAGUCUAGCCAUGUCUGCCACUUCUGCUCUCAUUAAAUAUUUAGACUUAACAUCGGACGAAGGCAAUAUGAAUCAGUUCUCUCUAAAUCAAGUGGAGCAAUCGCGAUAUAUAAGGCUAGAUUCUGCGGCAAUAAAAGCCCUCAACAUCGAACCAACUGUAGAUGUGGCUUCUAAUUUACACGGAAAUCCCGUUGGCAGUAUUUUGACACUGCUGGACAAAUGUAGAACCCCACAAGGACACAGACUGAUUGCGCAAUGGGUUCGGCAGCCUCUUAGAGACUUGUCUCUGAUAAAAGAACGGCACGACAUCGUUGAAUUGUUCGUAAAAAACAACGAAUUACGAUCUGUUCUAAGUGACGAUUAUUUGAGACGUAUACCGGAUUUGCAACAGCUCGCGAAAAAAUUGGCCAGAAAGAAAUCGGCACUUCAGGAUUGUUACAAAAUCUACCUGUGUGUAUCACACUUGCCAAAACUAUUAGAACAACUUUCGUCCGAAGCGAAUGUGGCGGCAUUGAAAGCAAUGAUAAUAGAUCCAUUGAAAGAACUUAUUGAAGAUAUGGAUAAGUUUCAACAACUAGUUGAACAGACAAUCGAUUUAGAUGCUGCCGAAAAGGGCGAUUUCAUGAUCAAUCCAGGAUUUUCGGAUGACUUCAAAGGAUUAAAAGAUUCCAUGGACGAAAUGGAAGAAAUUAUACAGAAACAACUCGGUAAAGUAGCGGAUGAUCUCUGCUUGGAAGCGGGAAAAGUAAUAAAAUUGGAAUCUAAUCAACAGUUCGGCUAUUACUUUCGCAUCACGUUGAAAGAAGAGAAAGUACUUAGGAAUAAGAAGCACUACACAAUUUUGGAUUCUAAUAAAACUGGUGUAAGAUUUCGAAACAGUAAAUUGUACGAAUUGAAUGAGGACUUUAUAGCCAUCAGACAUAAGUACAUGGAAAAACAGAAAGAUGUUAUUGGGGAAAUUGUGGAAAUUGCAGCUGGUUAUAGCGAAACAGUGCGUACUAUCGGCGGUGUGCUGGCAUGUCUCGACAUUCUUACCGCGUUUGCUUCUGCAGCAGUAAGCGCGAACAAAGUAUACGCGCGUCCCGAGAUGCUCCCGAGUGAAAAAGGCGAAUUGAAUCUUGUUCAAGUCAGACAUCCUUGUUUGGAAAUGCUACAAGGAGUAGAUUAUAUCGCCAAUGACGUCAGCUUUAAACGAGAUCAAUGUCACUUUUGCAUUAUUACUGGUCCAAAUAUGGGAGGUAAAAGUACUUACAUUAGAUCUGUUGGUGUAACCGCACUAAUGGCUCACAUCGGUAGUUUUGUUCCUUGCGACAAAGCGACUAUAUCGUUACUGGAUUGUAUACUGGCUCGAGUGGGAGCCGACGAUUCCCAACUAAAAGGAUUGUCAACUUUUAUGAUGGAAAUGAUAGAAACAGCUGCCAUUUUAAAAACAGCAACGUGUAAUUCUCUCGUAAUUAUUGACGAGUUGGGGAGAGGAACUUCCACUUACGAGGGUUGUGGUAUAGCUUGGUCAAUAGCAGAGCAUUUGGCAAAAGAUAUUAAAUCGUACUGCUUGUUUGCCACACAUUUCCACGAAAUUACAAGAUUGGCUGAAGAAAUACCUACUGUAAAAAAUCAACAUGUCACCGCUCUUGUCGACGGCAAUAAAUUGACGUUACUUUAUAAAGUAAUGCCAGGAAUUUGCGACCAGAGCUUUGGUCUUCACGUUGCCAAGAUGGCUAAUUUCCCACAAGAUGUGAUAGAGUUUGCCAAAAGGAAGCAAGCAGAACUUGAGGACUAUCAAGGUAUACUUUUUGAAGGAUCUGAUAAUCCACAGAAGAAAAGAAAAAUCAUUCAGGAAGCUGAGACGAUUAUCUCGGAGUUUUUGACAAAAUGUAAAACUUUGGAUAACUCUUUAUCUGAUGCUGACUUAGAAAGUCAGAUAUCAUCGUUGAAGCAAAAUGCUCUCUCUCGUAAAAAUCCUUAUAUUGAAGCUUUGUUAAUCGCUUCUUAAAUAAUAUAUUAAAGUGUA